UGUCGCUGUGAUUGUGGGUGUGAUUGUGAGUGUGCCGGGGGCGGGGCGCUCUAUUUCAUCGCGAGGUUGGGCGGGAUUCCCGCGCUGUCCGACCGGAUCAUGGCGCUGAGCCUCCGCGGCCGCCCGAGCCGCAGCGUCCGGCUGAGAGGUCGAAAUGACAGCGGCGAGGAGAACGUUCCGCUGGACCUCAGCAGAGAGCCCUCCGAUAACAUGAGAGAAAUCCUCCAAAACGUUGCCAAGGCUCACGGCGUCUCCAACAUGAGGAAGCUCGGCCAUCUCAACAACUUCGUGAAGCUGUUGAACAGUGUGGAUCAUCAUGAGCAGAAGUUUGGAUUCAGUUAUGAGGAGAUCAUCAUCUGUCUGAGGCUGGCUCUGCUGAAUGAGGUGAAGGAGGUCCGCGCUGCAGGUCUGAGAGCGCUUCGCUAUUUAAUCCGAGACCGCGGUGUCCUGCAGAAGGUCCUCCAGCUGCAGGUGGAUUACCUCAUCUCCAGGUGUUUAGACAUCCAGCAGAGUAAUGAGGUGGAGCAGACCCAGGCGCUCCGACUGCUCACCAGGAUUAUAGCGGUGGAUGCUGCGCUCUUCCCCUCCUCGGUCACCAACUCCCUGGUUGCCGUGGGCAACAAUGGCCUCCACGAGCACGAGAAGGACCACGUGGUUCUGGCCUGUAACGCUAUCCUCUGUGAACUCGCUGUGAAGAACCCGGAGCUGGUGGCAGGUCGUGGAGGUCUGAGCACUCUGCUGAAGAACGUUCUGGACUGUCAGCACAGCCGCAUCAACGAGGCUCUGAUUUCUACAGUGCUGCACCUGCUGAACCACCCGCAGACGCGGCAGUACGUACGGGCGGACGUGGAGCUGGAGCAAAUUUUGGCACCUUACACAGACUUCCAUUACAGACACAACCCAGACACAACAGAAGCACAGCUGAAGACGGACCGCGAGGCUCGGUUUUCGUCCAGUAAAAUGGCCAUCGUGGCUGCGUUCCGCUCGUGGUCAGGUAUUAUUAACCUGUGUAAAGUGGGAAACUCAGGAAUCCAGUCUCUGAUUGGUCUGCUCUGUAUACCAAAUAUGGAGAUCAGGAAAGCCCUGUUGGAGGUGCUGUAUGAAAUCUUCCGGCUGCCCGUUCCCAUGGUUACGGCUGACUUUGAGGAAGCUCUUCACAGCAUCGACCCCAGCAGGCCUCAGGACGGCUGGAGGCUGGGAGAUGGGUUUGUAGCUGCUGAGGCCAAAGUCCUCCUCCCUCACAGAGCCAGAUCACGGCCAGACCUCCUGGAUAACUACCUGGCCCUGAUUCUGUCCACCCUCAUCAGCUUCGGCCUGCUGGAGGGUCUGGUGGAGGUGGUGACGAGCAGUGACGAUGUCCUGUCAGUGAGGGCUACGGUCCUGCUGGGGGAGCUUCUGCACACGGCUAGCUCUCUCCUCCCUCAUUCCCACAGUCACCACCUACACUGUCUGCCGACUCUCAUCAACAUGGCCGCCUCCUUCGACAUCUCUCCUGAGAAGCGCCUGCGAGCCAGUGCGGCGGUGACCCAGCUGAAGCGCCUCCACGAGCUGAAGAAGCGCAGCCCUAAACCACACAGCCUUUACCUCCAGCUCAUCCUGAAGCAGAGCUCGCACAGAGACUCCCACCGCUCUCACAGAGACGGCUACGUCAUUAAGGACACUGAAGAUGCACUGAUGAUGAAUCUGAGGGACAGUCAGAUUCUCAACCACAAGCAGAACCUGGAGUGGAACUGGGUUCUCAUCUCUACUGUACUGAAGUGGCCAAACUCAAACCUCAGGAACUUCCGGGACGAGCAGGUGCACAAGUUUGUGCGCAGGUUGCUGUAUUUCUAUAAGCCCAGCAGUAAACUGUACUGUGUUCUGGAGUUGGAGCAUCCGAAAGCUCCUCAGCUCACUUUGGCCGGCUGCCAACUCAUCAACUUCCUGUUGGACUCUGAAGACGAUGGUCAGGUGUAUCUGGAGGACUUGGUGAAGGAUAUUGUCCAGUGGCUCUCUUCCUUUUCUGGGCUGAAGUCUGAGCGCAGCCUCCAGAGUAACGGUCUACUGAAUACGCUCAGUCAGCACUACUUCCUGUUUCUGGGUGCGCUGUCUGGGCAGCCUUCAGGAGUCAAAGCGAUGGAGAAAUGUGGAGCGUUUCAGUGUCUAUUGAACCUGUGCUCAAUGAAGAAUCAAGACUCCCUGCUGAAGCUGACUGUGUCCACUUUGGACUACAGCAGGGACGGACUGGCCCGGAUCAUUCUGUCCAAAAUCCUCACUGCUGGAUCUGAUAACUGUCGCCUCUACGCCACUAAGCACCUGCGUGUCCUGCUGAGGGCUAACGUGGAGUUCUUCAGUAACUGGGGCAUCGAGCUGCUGGUCACUCAACUCCCUGACCACAGUAAGGCCGUCUCCAUGGAAGCGCUGGACAUCCUAGACGAGGCCUGUGAGGAGAAGGCCAACCUGCACGCACUUAUACACAUGAAACCUGCGCUGACUCACCUGGGAGAUAAAGGACUGCUGCUGCUGCUCAGAUUCCUGUCCAUUCCCAAAGGUUUCUCCUACCUGAACGAGAGAGGAUACGUCAGCCAGCAACUGGAGAAAUGGCACAGAGAGUACAAUCUGAAGUACGUGGACAUGGUGGAGGAGCUGAUGAACGAAGCCCUGACCACGUACCGCAAACCCGUUGACGGAGACAACUACGUCCGCCGAAGCAACCAGAGGUUACAGAGUCCCAGCGUCUACCUGCCUGUACACCUGUAUGGUCAGCUGGUGCACGACAAGACCGGCUGUUUGCUGCUGGAGGCUCAGAACGUUGUUCCAGAUCUGAGCUACACAGUGCGUUCUCCUGUUCUGGAUACGUGGGAGGGGAUUAAGCAGCUGAAGGCAGCCUUGUGGGCACUGGGGAACAUUGGCAGCUCCAACUGGGGGGUGAAUCUCCUGCAGGAGGAAAACAUCAUCCCAGAUAUCAUCACUCUGGCACAGAGCUGCGAAGUGCUGUCUAUACGAGGGGUGUGUAUAUAUGUGCUGGGGGUGAUCAGUCGGACUCGGCAGGGCAGUGAGGUUCUGAAGGUUUUGGGCUGGGACUCGGUUCGUCACGGCCGGAGGCAGCAGUGGCCCAUCGUCGAGGAGAUGGAGACACGGUUGCCGGGGGAACUGAGCUCCAUCCCGAGCACGCUCAGUUUAAACUCUGAGUCUAACAGCUCUCAGAGGGAGAGCGAGAGUGAGAGUCAGCCCAGUCUGUACUUUGUGGAUGAUGAGGUUGACGGAGUGGAGCGCUGCGAGGACGUUUCAGUCUGCGUACGUUCCAAACCGGUGAAGGACCGGAGUCCCUUCACCAUCCUGUCGUCGUCUCGUCUGGUCAGAAACCGCUUCCUGAACUCCCUCCCGCUGCCCAGCAUGAAGCCCCGCAGCGUCAGCGACCCUAAACACCCCGCCGGAGGGAAGAAGUCUCCUGAGGAGCUGCAGCCAGGCACCAUCCGGAGAAACCGCACGCUGACCGAGCCCUCCAGCUACUCGCCAGGGGGCGCCGCACAGGGAGAGGUGUUCUAUAACGGGGGCCGGCCCCCCCACAGCCCCGCCGUGAGCCUCGAAAUGUCGUUCGUGGGUCCGAGAAACCUCCAGGACGGCUUGGGAGAGGGGUCAGACACGGAGGGGAGAGCUUUGCAAAACUGUCUGAAAGGUCAGCGUAAGGCGGUCACUCUGGACAAGGGGUUGGAGCUGGAGGUCAGAGGUCAGCGUGAGAGGAGGGUCUGUGACGGGUCAUCCUCCGGCCUGCCGGGAGGAGCCUUAAAGAGCCGCAGCCAGAGCUUCAACACGGACACCACGACCAGCGGCAUCAGCUCCAUGAGCUCCUCGCCCUCCCGGGAGACCGCGUCCGCCGUCACCGUGGAUACGGACUGCGGCAGCAUCAGCACCGUGGUCAGUGCCAACACCGUGAAGAUUGAUACGAGUGCGUCCCUGGUUCCUCCCGGUUCUGCCCACACUCUGCCCCGUCGGGCGGCCUCCCUGCGCUCCUCCUCCACGGUGAAGAGUCUGGUGUACUACAACAGCUUCAGCCCGCGGGAUGCUCUGGGUUACGCCACGCUGAGGAGCCUGCAGCAGCAGAGGAUCCACCCCUCCCUCUCCCACAGCGAGGUACUGGCUUCGCCUGCUAAAGACGUGCUGUUCACCGACGCCAUCACCAUGAAGACACGCAGCCUGGACCUGCGGCUCCACGCUCCACGCAGGUUUCUGAAGGCCCUGAGCUUCGUGUCUCUGGAUAAGGAUGACCUCCUGAGCCCCAUAAACCACUCCACUCUGCAGCGCUCCGCCUCCCUGCGCUCCAUGGUCUCUAGCGUCACCUACGGCAGUAACGAGGAUUACAUCGGCCUCGCCCUGCCCAUGGACAUCACCGACCUCUUCCACGUUGAGGAAACCUCCUACUUGCAGAAGAGAACGAGCCCACCAGCUGCAGAGAAGUCGGUGUUCUUUGGAGACUCUGAAAGAUUGAUGGACAGCUGUCGAGCCGCUUUGAAGCAGCGGGUCAGUAUUACUGAGCUGUUGAGCAGCAGUCGAUCGGAGCAGCGCCACCUGCUGGGCGGAGAGGAGAGUACAGGACUGAAGGAGCACACGGAUCAGAACUGUCUGUACUGCAGUGGCCUCGCUGCCCUGGGAGAGAGCGCACACACUCCUCUCAACAACACACACCUGCGCACCGACCUGACUGAUGGAUUCUCCUCCCACUGGCAGCCCAAAGCGUCUCAUACUCACCUGGAGGUGGUGGCGCAGUCCAAGUUCUCCGGGGUUUCUGGGUGCAGCGAUGCAGCUGUGAGCCAGGGUUCCUCCAGCAGCACGCCCAGCACCGAGAUACUGCUGGGCGGUAAAGUGAUCUCGGAGGAUGGUACUGCCUGCCGAGUGCUGCUGAGGAAGGAGAUUCUGCGUCUGGUCAUCAACCUGAGCUCGUCUGUCGGUACCAAAGGAAACGAAACCGGGCUGCUAACGAUAAAGGAGAAGUUUCCGUGUGCGUUUGAUGACGUGUGUCUGUACUCGGAGGUGUCCUUCCUGCUGUCUAACUGCAGGUUCCGGCUGGCGUCCCGACGCUUCAUCCAGGAGCUCUUCCAGGACGUGCAGUUCAGUCCGCUGUUUGAUCAGGCCGAAGCGGUCUUAUCCAAACCGGUCAGCUCUGUCUGAGAGGAACCUGCUGCGGAGUCCUGAGAGUUUCUUCCACCUCCUCUUCUAUCCACUCUUCUCCAUCCCUCCUUCCCUCUGUCCAGCCUCCUGCUCCUCCCUUCGUUCGAUGAAGGACAAAUCCAGCAGAGAAGGUGGGUCCUGUGUUCAUGCUGGAGAGAAAGAAAGGUGAGGAGGGUGGAAAUGUCCCUCGCUUUAAAAGACCGCCUCUGAACAGAGCUACAACGCCACCUUCUGGACUUGCACUGAAGUUCUGGAGGAGUCGCAGAGUACCAAAUCAGAUGGAGCCGAGAGAACCUCACUAGAAGCUAAGACUAAUGGAGGGUUCUCUCUGGUUCUACCGCGGGACAUCUUUAAGGGUGAUCCCUCUGCCCGAGGGCCGCGCUGCGCUGGGAAAUGAGCCGCUCUCAGCGCCGAAACACUACAACAGGAGAAACUCGGCUCCCGGCUGAGUUCAGGACUUCCACACGGUGAUCACAGGACUGACUCCACAGUCAGAAAAGCCAUCGUGUUUAAAUUAUUUAUUUUUUCCUCUUUCUCUGAGUUUUUCAGUCCAGACAAUCAGGUGUGAGUGUUUUAUUGCACAGAUGUUCAUACAGUCCUCCUCGCGUUAGUCACUGCAUGUAGAUACCGAAGAAAAAGCUCUUUAGUCUCAGUCUCUUAUACACUACAGGCCAAAGACGUGGAAACGGUCUGCUUUUUAAACCAAUGUUAAUACUUAGAAAUAUCGUUAGUGUUUUACAACAAAAGGGCCUGAACUGAAACUUACGGCAGUUUGGGGCCCGCCCGCCCGGCCUCGGCCUGGUUGGGGCCCGCCCGCCCGGCCUCGGCCUGGUUGGGGCCCGCCCGCCCGGCCUCGGCCUGGUUGGGGCCCGCCCGCCCGGCCUCGGCCUGGUUGGGGCCCGCCCGCCCGGCCUCGGCCUGGUUGGGGCCCGCCCGGCUGUUUAGCCCUAGUCUUAAAGGCACAGCGACAGAAGUCUGUGUAACUGUGAGCGAUAGAGCGACGCUGGAAAUGAUCGUAUAGAAAUUCAUAAUGUUUUCGGUACAAAGAUCCACAGACACGUUCUAAGUGGAACUCAGGGAGAACAAUUCCAGCACGACCGGAAUGCAGGAUAUGGGCUCUUGAAUCAGCUCACCAGUCACAGAACAUGCUAAACAGCCGGAGCAGUUCCAGAAGCUUCCAGAGGCCGUGCUCUCCACUCCCGUGUGUUCUGUAUGGUUAAUAAGCCUGGUUCCCACCGUUUGGCCUGUAGUGUAGUUACUGACCCCCCGCCGCCCCCGGCAUGCUGUCUUAGGGUAUUUGCACAUGUAGAGUGUGAGUGAGUAGCAGUAGAGCCGACUGUAGAUUACAGUAGUUUUAUAGACGUUUAACCAAAAGCUUUUCCCAAAAUUUCUUACUGAGCUGCUGCUGCUGUGAUUUAGCUUUAUUAUACGCCCUGCCUGCCAGAAGUAUUAGGACACCUCGCUUUCCAGAAUGCCUGCAACCCCGGUCUUAGUCCGUCUGCAGUCAGAUUUAGUUCUGGUAUUUUGGUACGAAUCCGAGUUUUUACUGCCGACAGCAGGUUAAUGAGGCAAGUGAGGCGAGGCAGGUCGGAGCGCUCGCCCUGCUGAUACACCUGAGCCACAUCACGGCGUCACUACACUCACCUCACGGUGGCGAACAGCUCUGACUGCACACGCCGCUCUAUUACGUUAGUGUUCAGUACAUAUAGGACUUGAUCAGAAGUUUUAAAUGCCGGUUUGGCGGAUUAAAUGAGUAAAUGAUGCUGUUUGAUUGGUCCACAUUGUGAGCUACAGGUAGUAAAGAAAAUGGAUCAAUAAAAAAAUUUAAACUAAUUAAAGUGAGACCUGCCAAUUUGGCUGUAAAGAAAUCAGAGUUGGGCUGAGAGUUAGUGAUCACUACCUCUGUAAUAAAUACAGUUAUAGAAACUCUGUCAGCAGCAUAUCAAGUUUUGUUUGUUUGUUUUUGGGCUUUUAGGUUUGAAAAUUCUGCCAAAGAUUCACCCACACCGAUCAACCCGUCCUGAUACAUUAUACACCUGUGAUUAACGUGUUUAGCUGCCUUUUUAAAUGAGAACUGCUAAAGCUGCCAUAGUCCUACGUAACGAAUAAAGCCAAAGGCCACGCCUACUUCCCCCCCUUUGCUGUGAUGUCAGCCGCUGUUGGGCCAGAGGGUGAAGAUAAAACGUUAAACGCAGCUGCUUUACGGUGAACUAAACCUGCACAGGGAGGUUUUUGAGUGUGAAAUAAACACUUAGAUAAAGGCUGACGGAGGAGGCAAGGUGCCCAGGCUGCUGGCAGGCAGUGUGUUUGUGUGUAUUUGGUUUAGAUUAGGUCUAACAUGAUUUUAAACCGAGCUGGUCUGAGGUGAGUGCGGUGCGAGUGCGUUUGGCUAUCGGGGCUGGGACGAUGACCUGAUUUAAUGAGAUACUGUGAUAUUAAACCCAACGAUAAUCGCACCAGGUUAAAGUUUUAAUAAUGCCAAUCAGGAGGAUUAGCCUCCUUUUAAAGUGCUGGUGGACGUGUUUACAGUCAGAACCUGAGCAGGAAGCAGCGGCUGUGCUGGAGAUCAGCUCAUAUUCAUUUACAUUGUAGAUGAUUUACCCGUUAAAGCUAUGCAGCAGGUUUAAAGGGCCCAUACCCUGGGCUGAACAUAGUUUAGCCUACGGCACUUUAGCUCCACCCAUUCAUCCUGAGGGUACAGUGCAGGACAGCCAAUCAGGGCAUGGCUCAUUUACCUACAUCAGUCUAAACAAUUUCUAUAAAGAGAUCAGAAAUUCUGUGUGAACCGUUUUCGACUCCUAAAGCCACACAGGUGCUGAGAGUGGGAUAUGGGCUCUUUAAUGAAACGUGACAGUCAGAAUUCCCUCAGCAGCGGCGAGCGGGCGGACGGGCUCCAGCAGGGGGCGCCGCAGUCUCGGAGCUCGUCAGAAGCCCUGCGCUGCGGGGUGUAAGCAGCGCUGGUGGUGAUGUGAAGAGGUUUAUUUCCUGAGAGCUGCGUUUCCUCUGCUUCCUCUCUGUUUCGCACCGUUUCCACUGCCUGGCCUUUCACUCGGCUCCAGCCGCGCUGCUCAGCGCGAGAUCUGAUUGGACGAUUAUUUUUGUAUGACGUAAGCCGCCCAGAGCUGUUCUGAAUUUGUAUGAAAGCAGAGAAAGAAAAACAGAUAUUUAUAUUUUUCCUAAAGAUGAUAUUGAUAAGAGGCUGUAAUUUAAAGGAGUUUGUCUGAAUGCUCGUUCCUGCUGUACAGUGUCCUCUGGGACGCAGUGAGAAACGUAGUCUUAUCAAAGGGAGUUAUUAUUAUUAUUAUUAUUAUUAUUAUUAAAGAAGUCAAACAGUCA